AAUCCACAUGAACCCUUCAAAAAUGUGGUUUCCUUUCUAUAAAAAUCCCCACCCUUUUGAUUGGCGGAGCAACAUCACCAACCAAUAAAACUCUCUUAGCCUAACAGACUAGAAAACGACAUCAACACCUCAUCCCACUAUAUAUAUAUAUAUAUAUAUUACAAAUCCCAUUUCUUCCAGAUGAAGCUCAAAAAUCCGUGAGUGACACGCGCAUCUCCUCUCUUCAUUCUCAAGCCCCGAUUCCUGCUCUCAGUGAAGGUGAAUUGAAUUUGGCGCAUUUCAUCAUUUCUGACCCAACAAAAUGGUUUCAUUUGAGAUGAAUGACCGGAAAAAGAUUGGGCUAGGCUUGACAGCAUUUGGUGUAUUUUUCUCUUUCCUGGGUAUCGUUUUCUUAUUCGACAAGGGGUUGCUUGCGAUGGGAAAUAUCCUCUUCAUCUCAGGAGUGACAUUAACCAUCGGACUGAAAUCCACUGUUCAAUUCUUCAUGAAACGUCAAAAUUAUAAGGGUACUAUUUCUUUUGGUGUUGGCUUCUUCUUUGUUAUCAUAGGAUGGCCUAUCUUGGGUAUGAUGUUGGAGGCAUAUGGAUUUAUCGUGCUCUUCAGUGGCUUCUGGCCAACACUGGCUGUUUUUCUGCAGAAGAUACCCUUUCUUGGUUGGGUAUUCCAACAGCCAUUUGUGAGAUCGUUCUUUGAUAAGUACCGAGGGAAACGCGUGCCUGUAUAAACCUGAAAUCAAAGAAAUUGCAAUGAAGCUGCAAGGGCAGGCCCACUUUUAAGUGGUUGUAAAGUACUGUCCCAUGAAGACCAAAUAUUUUUUAUCCUGUUCAUGCGUUGACGGUAUCCGAUGUGGCGUUGACGGUAUCCAAUGUUUGACUUUCUUGGUGUAGCCAUGUCUGUACUAUUCUAUAGCGGUUUUCUUCUUUCACUUGAAUAGAUGAACAAAAAAAAAAAAAAAAACAUUAGAAAAACACAAAUCUGAAUGGGAAUUUUUUUUCAUUGGUA